AUGCCUCCUAUUCGAACUUCACGUACCCGCAAGCCACCUCCGGCGGGUUUCGAUGAUAUUGAAGAUACCUUACUCGAAUUCAGCAACAAGAUGAAAGAUGCAGAGAAUGCAUCACACGAUGGGAAGAAGAAGCAUGAGAUGCUUUGGCCUAUAUUUCAGAUAAGUCAUCAGAGAUCUCGAUAUAUAUACGACCUGUAUUAUGAGAAGGAAGCCAUAUCGAAACAACUUUAUGAGUGGCUCCUCAAGAAUAACUAUGCCGAUUCAAACUUGAUUGCCAAGUGGAAAAAGCAAGGCUACGAAAAGCUCUGUUGCCUCCGCUGCAUACAGACAAAAGAAACGAAUUUCAAUGCAACCUGCAUUUGUCGGGUACCGAGAGCGCAACUAAAGGAAGACCAAACGAUCCAAUGUGUAAGCUGUGGCUGUCGAGGCUGUGCAAGCAGUGACUAG